GGCUGUAUUUUACGGCUGGACCGAACGAAAGGACUGGCAAUUAUCCACAAAUGGAAAUACUCCAAAAGGAGCGAGGCAAAUUUGAGACAGGGGUGGAGGAAAAAGUUUGCAAUAAACUAUGGUGGACUGCAUCACCCAGCAUGCCCGGCGCUGUUGCACAGCCAGGGGUCGGCUGGCCCGCGCAGGCGCAUUUCGGAGGAAGCCUCUGACAGCUGCUUCAAGAUGGUUUAGAGCAGUUUUACUGCAGAGCGCACGUCGUGAUCUUUGUUCCUGUCACAUUCGCCCCCAAUUGUGCAGAAACCAUCCCCUUUCAGAUAUGCAAGACCAUUUUUCUGAACACAGCAAGAAAAUUCUUAAUGCAUUGAACAAACAAAGGGAAGAUGGUAAAUUUUGUGAUGUAUCUCUGGACCUAGGAGGCUACUGUUUGAAAGCACAUCGCAGUAUCCUGGCUUGCUGUAGUAAUUUCUUCCACAAUAUCUAUGGAACUGGCACGUCUAGUGAAAUCAACCUUCCCGAGAGUUGCUCUGGUGUUUUGGGCCUUCUGUUUGACUUUAUAUACACAGGCGAACUUCAUUUGACGCAAACAAAUGUUUCCAAUGUGCUAAAUGCAGCAGAGGAACUCUCAAUUCCUGAUGCAGUUCAAGCUUGUCACCAUUAUCAGCAGAAGUUUGCAGAUGAUGAGAGGAAGAGUGAUGAGCCCGUGUGUGACCAACAAACAGAUGGAUGUGGACCAGUGACGGCACCAGUGGACACUACAACACAAACGGGAGAAAUCAAAGUUCUCGAGGAACUAAUCACAAAGAGUGAUUUUGGACAAUUUGGCAAAAGGAGUACCAGGUGCAACAAGAAACAUCCAUUUGAGUUGCGCACUAACAAACAGAAUGACAAAAUAAAAUCACUUGUUGUUCAGAAAAGAUCUAGAGAUUCCUCGAAAUCCCACAUAAGUCCAAGUUCUAAACAGCCGAAGAAAGCCAAAGAAAGUAACUCGGAAGACAGCAGUGAGGAGAACAGUGUGGAGAGUACCAGUGACCCGAGCAUGGACAUAAUUAAAGUGGAAGACGAUGAGGAAAGUAUGAACAAGAGUGAACUGGACCAUGAUUACAUUCCAUCUAGACACAAUUGUAAGAGACCGAGAAAAGCUGGCGUGCUGGAAAACACCACGUUAGUGGCGAGCACACCCAAGCGCAAUGCCCCGGACCCGUCAAACAGAAAGAGCGAACCCAUCGAGUGUCCAACGUGUCAUAAGAAGUUCCUCAGCAAAUAUUACCUCAAAGUGCACAACAGAAAACACACAGGAGAGAAGCCCUUUAAAUGCAGCAAGUGUGGAAAAUGCUACUUCAGGAAAGAAAAUCUGCUUAAACACGAGGCUAGGAAUUGCAUCAGCAGGACGGGAGUGGUUUACACUUGUCCUGAAUGUAACCAGACAUUUACAGGAAGGAUUGAGCUAAGGAACCACCUGGUAUCUCACACAGGUGAGAUGCCCUUCAAGUGCCCCUCAUGUCCUCAGCAAUUCAUGCAGAAGAAAGACAUGCAGAGUCAUAUGAUUAAAUCUCACGGCGCACCAAAACCAUUCCCGUGUCCUGCUUGUUCCAAAUGCUUCCUCUCCCGCAACGACUUGCAUCAGCAUGAGUUGUCCAGACACCAGGGAGAGAAGCUGUUUGUGUGUGAGGAGUGUGGUCACAGGGCUUCCACCCGCCAUGGCCUGCAGAUGCACAUCAAGUCCAAGCACAGGAAUGAACGGCCAUACAUUUGUGAAUUCUGUGACCGUGGGUUCACCCAGAAGGGCAAUCUGAAUGUGCAUUUGCGGACGCAUACAGGGGAGAAACCAUUCCAAUGUCAUUUGUGUGGGAAGACUUUCAGGAUCCAAGCGAGUCUGGACAAACACAAUAGGACCCACACGGGUGAGCGGCCGUUUGGCUGUGAGAUCUGUAACCGAAGGUUUACGGAGAGGGGACCUCUCCAUCGUCACAUGGCCAGCAAGCACCAGGAGGGUCGCCCGCACGACUGCAACAUCUGUGGGAAGACCUUCAAAGCCGUUGAUCAGUUGCGUGUUCAUGUCGGAAGACACAAAGGGGUGAGGAAGUUCGAGUGCAGUGAAUGUGGUUACAAAUUCACUCGACAGGCUCACCUGAGAAGACACAUGGACAUACACGGGCGAGUGGAAAACUACAGUCCCCGUCAGAGGAGGCUUCGGAAUCUUAUCGUUCCUAAUGAGAAAGAGGGAGACACGGAGGUGCUCGAAGCUCCUCAAGCAGACCAGCCAUCUGUGGCUGCUGCUCCUCCUCCCACAGAUACAAAAGAGCUGACCAGUCAGAACACGGACACCAGAGAACUCUCUGUCCAGCGAUUCCUGGACAAUGGAAACUACCACCCAGAAGAGAAUGUGAUGUCAACGGCCAGUGAAACAGACACUUAUGUAGAGGAGAUUACCAUCGUUGAGAUAUAGCGACCUGUUGCCCCAAUAUGAAUCACCUUAAAAUUAACUUCUUACGAAGCAUGUAAAUAAAAUGAUUUUAUAAGUA